UGUGUCUAUAGGAACGGUUACUAUGACAAUAUCUGUAAACAACCUGUGAAGCAGGCAUGAAGAAAGGGAUUUACAUGUACCCACAAGCUACAUACUAGCAAACCAGAAUCUGAAACAUGUGAUGAUGCUUUAAAAUGAAGAGUGCAUCAUCUUUACCCAAUACUGCAGAGGCAUCAACGCCUGAACUCCAGAGCUUGAGAAGUGAUGAUGAUGAUGUUAAUGAAGUCUGGAUUCCCUGCUCAAUAUGCAAACUUCCAAUUAAUCCACACUGCCACUGCCACCAUAAACAGCAGCACAAGGCUGAAACCCAGCUGGGCUAUAAACCUUCCCAGAUACCAAGAAGCAUUAGAAACCUCUCCUCCAAAAGAAGGGAAGUGAUAUCAUAUAUAAAAGACCAUUGUGGUUAUAAGCAAGCACUGAUCCAUAAUGUAGACAGAUCAUAUGAUAUUUUAAAGAGAAUUCAGAUUACUCCUAUAAAAGAUAUAAGAAGGAUAAGCCCUCAGGACUUUGAAAAGACUCUGGUCUACAAGACUGAUAAAAUUAAUGCCCUAAUACCAUCGAUAGCAGUGUGUUGUGACAAGAAUCCAUCUUGGCAAAGAGACAUGGAAGAUUCUUUUGUCAUUCUUGACAAAUAUGGUGGUAGAUCAGACACCUGUUUAGUUGGCAUAUUUGACGGAUGUCGUGGCAAAUCUGCUGCCUGCACAAUGGCUAGGGAAUUUCCUACUCUAUUUCUAGGCCAGCUUUUGAAUUUGGAUCCAUCCUAUACAAUUACUGACAAAGAAAAACGCUUUCUUGAUUCAUUGGAUACAGUUUUUAAAGAUCACUACAAGGACGCAGAAAAACAUUUUUCAUCCGCUUUGUAUGAAAAAGCGUCAAGUGAAAUGGAUAUAAAAGCAAUCCAUAUAGCAUAUGCAAAAGCCUUCUGGCGAAUGGACAGAAUUUUACAACUAGGAAGGAAAGAAUCAUCAAGAGCAAUAUGGAGUGGUUGUUCCUCGGUUUCUUGUUUAUUUGAUGGAUUUGCAGAUGCUAAAAGUAGUCAAAAAGAAGCGCAGUUACUGGGAUCGACACAAGAACACAAACGUAGGCUUGGAGUGCUACAUAUAGCCAGUGUUGGUAACGUAAAGGCAGUUUUAUGCAGAAAUGGGAAGCCAUACUGCCUUACUAAAAGCCACAGCUCCUGCAGCGAAAGAACACAUGCAAAGGAGAACAGCGGAUCACACAGUGCUAAUGAAGAUCAGGGACUAGUUGAGUCAGUCACUAAAGUAUCUGGGGGGCUAGGUUACCAUGGUGACCUUAAACUGAAGAAUUCUGUAAUCCCCGCACCUCACACUCUCUCUAUCCCAAUUUACCAGACUUGCCAAUUCCUUGUUCUUGGAUCCAGUGGUUUGUGGGAUGUGUUGAGUGGCAGAGAAGUUGUUUCAAUAGCAAUGAAGGUGCUAAAAGAUUCCUUGAAAAACUCUGACAAUUCAAAAGCAAAACUGGAUUAUUUACAACCUUUCCAAAAUGUAACAGCAGCAGAGAACAUACAUGAAGUCACUGUACCAAACUGUAUUGAUUCCAGCGGUGUUCCUGAAAGGCGUAAUGGCCUUAAUGAAGAUGAAGGUGGUGCCAAUCCUGGAAGCCACUUAGAGCUAAGAAACCCUUUAAACCUGGAAACAAGAUCAGAGAGCAGAAGGGCUUGUAAGAGUAACCCAAGGGAGAUGUACAAUAAUGCAGCGGCAUGUGUGUGUCAGAGGCUAGUAAUGGCUGCAGUGCUGGCAGGAUCUCAGCAAAAUGUUACUGUGUGCCUUGUUCUUUUACCUGGAUGUCUUAACAUUAAUGAGCCAAGUGAAAAGAUGUAGUAAUUGGUGACCAUUCAGAAAGGCACAUUUAGUAAUGAGCAUUGGUGAGGGGUUUACAUAUUUUAGGUAAAAUAUGGUACAUUAGGGCUACAACUAAUAAAGCAGACAUCAAAAAAAGGCUCCAGUAUUCAUUUGACUUUGUGGAAUAGUGACUCCAAGUAAACUGGUAAAACCCUCAGUGCUAAAAGCUGAAAUAACUUUAAUUCCCCUAACAUACAUUACAUACAGACGUCUCUUACGGUUUCAUCCAGCGGUGGAUACCUAACCAUAGUGGGAUGCAGGGAGAAACAUCCUCGUGUAAGAUCCCUAAAAGGACGCCAUCAUGUAUGUUAGGGGAAGUAAAGCUAUUUUAACUCUUCUAUCUUAUUUUAAAUAUGUCUGCUAUUAAGGGAUAUAGCACACUGAGCAUUUUCAUCUUUAGUGAUCAAAAUACCACUAUUUUGCUAUGAUGAUGUUAUUUUAUAUGAAUAGAUCUGCAGUAUGGUGUAGGGCAGGGGUCGCUAACCUUUCU